GGUGUGACUAUUGAUGCUGGCAAACGCUACUCCCAAGUGGUUGAUCAAGGUUUUCAUGUGUCUAUGGCAGCUCUGGAAAUAAGCGCAAGUAAGUACAAACUUUGCAUGAUUUAGAUACAUACCUCACAUAUAAUUUACCAAAGUUUUAAAAGGAAUUAAUUCUGAAAUUAGGAGUGGUUCAAAAGAAAGGGUGGAUAAAAAUUAAAAUGUAAAAAAAAAAAAAGUAUUUUUUAGAGCAGAAUUUAAUCAGUCAAACGAACUAAGUUUUUUUUUAGUUAGGUAAAAACCACUUCUAGAUUUGCAUCUUACUUUUACAGUUUUAUCUCUGUGUAUAAAAUGUACACCUUCCACCCUCCAAUGUUUUAUUCUUGGUGAAAGCCGGGUUAAAGCAGCCUUUAAAAUACUAUUUUAAAAAUUCUUUCAAUUUGCUAAUUUCGUUGCAUAUUUUCCCUUUUUUUUAAUAGAGAAGCCUAGUGAAAAUGUGCAAGUGAUGCUGCAGCAUGAUUCUUCUGAAUAUCUGUUGUGCACUUUGCACAAUAGCUUAAUGCAACAGCCCCUAGACUUAAACUUUGCUACUGGAGAACAAGUUUCCUUUAGUCUGAAUGGUUCAGGUGCGAGCUUUCUAUUUUUUGUCCUUAGUUUAUUCUAAUUAUUCCCUGAUUGCAUUGAAGAAUCAAUUUUUUCAAAUGAUAUUUGCACAUUUUGUGCAGAAAUAGCUUAAAAACUUGAAAGUGAAUCCCGUCUUGCAUUAAAAUAAGGGGUGGGGUGGUUCAUUGAAAUAAACAUCAAGAGAUGGCUGUGGUUGGUUGGGUAAGUUGCAGCUAAUUUCUCACGGUUGAUUUUACGGUUGCUGUGUGAGUCUGUAGUUAUUGACAGCAGUCUGCAUCAUCAGUGCUCAGGAAAGAAGACGAUGAGAAACAACUUGACUCUGAUUUGUCAAUGUUGAACAUCUGACAGCAAGGGGAUAGUAGUUUAUUAAGAUACACAAUAAUGCAGAUAUUACAACUCUGGCAUAGCAGUUUCACUUGAAUAAAAUUUUAAAACAAUUAUAUAUCUGGAUAAAAUAUACAAUUGUAGUGAUAGCUGAUGCUGCCUGUUCACAAGUGGUUAAUCUAGAAUCUUUUCAUUUUGUUUUAUUGUGAAAAAUAAAUUGUAGUUUUAUAUUUUGAAAUCUUUAAAACAGGAUCCUGUAGAAAAAGACUUAAAUUUUUUAGGUUAGUUGUAUGACCUUUGAAUAAAUAAACAUAUUUCCUGAAAUAUUUAAAGAUUGAAAUACUUACUUGUUGUUUUCAGGAAUUGUCCAUUUGACUGGCUAUCUCAUUCCUGAUGAUGAGGAAGGACCUUUUGAGGAAUCAUUUUCAGAGUCUGAUGAUGAAGGUAUGAGCAUGUCCUAUGUUUCCAAAUUUGUUAACAUUUUUAUAAAUUUAUUAAUAUUAAAUGAUUUUAAUGGCCCUAUUACUAUAAUUUUACAUUAUAUUUUUUCAGAAGCCCCCUCUCUGGUAGAUACCUCUGCUGAUGAAAGCAUCCUAGGUUAGUGUUGUUAGUUUAAAUAAUAAGUCAUGUUAAAGUAAGAUAGCAAGACAAGUUUUCAAAACAUUGUUGGCCUAAAAGCCUACCCACAAAAUUUUAAUGUAUUUCAUAUUUUAGAGCAAUAUAUAUUUUCAUGUGUAUAUGGUGAAAAAAUUUGUUUUUUAAAUAUUGUGUUUAUGACAUUUAAUUUAGUUGGAAAGAGAAAAGCUGAUGCCUCCCAUCGCAAAUCCAAGAAGUUAAAACUUUCAGAUAGCUAUGUUGAUGAUGAGGAAGAUGAGAGUGAUGAAGAUGAUGAGGAUUACAAUGCAGAAGAGGAAGAGGUGUGUGUGAUAUUAGUUUUUAGCUUCAUGGUCAGUUUAACAAUAAGUUACAGUUGAACACACAAAGUUGUGAUGCUUUUGAUUUUGUUUGAUCUUACAACAAAUAUUUCUUGUAAAGCUCUCCUCUGCAUAGUUAGGUGGAGAUGGUCUGAGAAUGACUUUAAAGUUCGUUGUUUGUGCAAUUAAAUUUUGUUUCAUAAAAAAUGCAUGUUGGCUGUAGGUUGUAUCCUAAUGUUAUUUUAAUUUUCUUUUUUUUUAGUUUUCUGAUGAUUUUGAUGAUGGUAAGUCAUUUAUGCCUAUCUAUUCUAAACUUUAGGGAUUAAUUUUCAAGAAAUAAAUUCUGUUCAUUCAAAAUAGUCUAUGUAAUAAACAUAUUAAGUAUUACUAAUUUUCAAUGGGAAGAUAUUUGGCAGGUCGUAUUUUUAAAUUGCCCUCAUCUUACAUUAGUGACUUUACCAUUAUUGUUUCUAGUACUUCUAUAAUAGAUGUUUUAAAAACACAUAAAUCUGAUACAUACUUGUUUUAGUUGAAGAUGUUCAAUUUUGAAAGCUGUUUCUAACCUCAAAAUCCGUUACCAAUAAUUAUUGUGUGCUCAUAUCGAAUGCUCCUACUAACCCUUCAUUAUUUUUUAUGGCCACUGAAAAAUGUUUAACUCAUUUUUAAAAGCAAAGUAAGUUUGAUUUUUCAUUCUUUUUUAAUUGACUCCUUAACAGAUUCGUUUGAUGAAGAGGAAAGUGAAGAUGGUUAGUAGGCCUAUUUUCUCCAUAGCAUUUCAUGAGCAUGAUUAGCCGCAUUAUAAUAAGUUGCACUUAAACUGUUGUUUAUACCUCACUCUACUUUGAGAAAAUGGGACCUGAUCUGAAGUUUCCAGCCACCAGAAUUAUUUCCCCCCUUCCUUGUAUAAAGGGGGAAACAAUUUAUUUACUUGCUUCUUUGUUGUUAGCGAUAGCUAAAUUGAAUCGCCUUGUGCAUGACCUUGUUGUUCACAGAAUCAGAUUUGGAAGAAGAUGAUGAAGAGAGCCCAACAAAGAAGGUGAAAACAACAGCCCCCGAGAAACCUCAAAAAGCUGCAUCUGCACCAAACACACCGGCUGCCAAAAAGAUUAAAGUUAAACAGGAGUUGAAUACUUCAAAGCAGGACGGCAAGUCCCCCAAGACACCCAAUCAACAGAGUCCCGGGAAACAAAAUGGCAAGGCUAAACAAGAUUCACAAAAGAAAAAUCAGCAGGCAGCUGGAACUCCUUCUGAAAAGGCUCCUCAGACGGUAAGCAUUGGCAAAUUUAUGUUACAGACUUCCAAUGUUCGCUUGACAGUAUAACUUAUCUCAUGAAGCAAAUUAUUUCACAGAUUAAUCUGUACAACCUUAUAAAACAUUAAUUAGGACUAGAUAUUUGCAAAAAAUCUUAAUUCAAAUUGUUAUUGGUGAAAGAACAAUUGCGUAAAGCCUUUUCACAAUUUUAUACAUUAAUGUGUACAGCAAAAUGACUCCCAGUCAGUCAACAUUAUGGAGUCAUUGUAAAUACUUUGUCAAAAGCACGACUUCAAAAUCUUUAAAAACAAUUUUAUUACCCAUGGUGAUAUAAAUGGUUACCAUUUUUUGUUUUGUUUCUUGGAUAAAACUGCUGUAAAAGUACUUAGGAGAAAGUGUUUUCUUUUUCUGAUAUUGGGUUUAGAAUCGCGUAUAAAAAAAGAUUGCUUUUUUUAGUAUAGUUAACAAGAUAUGGAGACUUCUUACUGUUGAGAAAAUGAAGCAACUUUUUUACUCUACUCAGCCAUCAACACCAGCUGAUGGAGAAAGUGCCAAGAAGAAGAAGAAGAAAAAGAAGAAGAAGAACAAGGAAGGUGCAGAUAAGUCACAGGUGACUAGUUUUCAUGUUGAAUUUUAAAAUGUAUGUUGACAAAAAAUUGUUUCAUCAUUUUUUAACAACUGGCAGUCUGGUAGUUAAACUGGCGUGUUGCCACAAAUAGUAGCUCUAUAAUUCCCAUUUUGAGUGCAUAGAUAGAUCUAUAAAAAAAAUUGUUUAUUGUCAUUGAAAUGAACAACUUUAUGACAAUUAAUUCCCCCAACUUACAUAAUAAGUUCAUAAGUUCAUUUUUAAAUAAAGGCGCUAUAUCUGUAAAUCUUGAAAUCCAUAGACAUUAUCUUCUUUUCUUGAAACUAAUGAAACUCGAAGUUAUUCAUGCAACAUCUGAGCAAAAUUCAGAUCCCUUUAAUAGCCUCUAACAUAAUUUCACUACUAAAUUUGUAGGUUUUGAGCUUUAUCAUUAUUUAGGACCAUAAAUAAUUUAUUUUUAAUCAUUUGAUCAGAAUGUCAGUACUGCCAGCACACCUCCUACAACGCCAAAAGCUGAAACAACCACAAGCACUACGCCAAAGAAGAGGGUAGUAGCUGGUGGAACAAUUGUGGAAGAUAUUAAAGUUGGACAUGGACCUGAAGCUAAGCCUGGGAAAAUGGUGAGUUCUGUGGGAGAAAAACUGUUUCAUUAGUGCUUAAUGAUAUCACGUAUGUGCUUUUACAAAUCUGUUUAUAUAAAAUCUGUUCAUAUUUUUGUUUUGUUUGAGGGGAUUUUUCAGUACUAUUUUCUUUUUGUAAACAGGCUUCAGUCUAUUAUGUUGGAGUUUUAGCCAAGAGCAACAAACGCUUCGACUCCUGCACAGAAGGGAAACCAUUCCGUUUCAAGCUGAAUCAAGGGGAAGUUAUUAAGGGCUGGGAUGUUGGUGUUACUGGUAAGUGCACUGUCUGCUUAUAUUUGUGAGUUAAUAUACUUUAUUUUUAAUUUUUGUUGCUUUUAAUCUCCAUGGAAUUUAAGAUAAUAGUUCAUGUUCAUAAUUUACAUCAAAGAAAACCAUUGGUCCUUUCAUUAGAUAUGAACGAACUUAGUGUAAUUUUUUAUUUUUUUAUUGUUGGGACAUGUUUCCAUGGUCCCAUAUGAUAAGUAAUUGGAGUUUUUUUCUGGUUGAACAAGGAAUGAAAGUUGGAGGCAAAAGAAAGAUUACAGUACCUGCUAGUCAAGCGUAAGCUACUUGUUUUUGUUCUAUCUCUUGCUAUUUUUAUAUCUAAUACUAAUAUAUAAAAUUAGGUCUUAGUAAAUAUAGAGAUAUUUUUGUAAAUUUGUGUUUUUACUUUCAAUAGUCUUUACAUAUUUUACUUGGUUGAAUUUAUGGUUUUUAAUUAUUACGGUACAAUUAUUCAUAACAAUGUACAUGAAUAUAACAAUUAUUCUUACCACCUUCCUUACAGAUAUGGAAAUGUAAAGCAAGGACCAAUUCCACCCAAUUCAACCCUUGUUUUUGAAGUUGAGCUGAAGGCAGUUAGUUGAAUGUAGCCAUAUAACUUCAUUUGUAAAUUAUUUUACUUUGAUUUUGAUGUAAAGUUGACCACUUUUGUGUUCUUUUUACUGCCACAGUUUAGUGUAACUAAAAUCAUGCUUUGUAUUAAAAUUACAUUUUGUGGAAAUAUUUUGACAUGAUUGCAAUUUUUAUCACGGAAAUUUAGUGUAACCAAAGUCAUUUUUGUUUUAAUAAAGAUCUGUUGAGAUAUUUUUGAUACGAUUGCACUUUGUGAUCUCGUUUUAAAUAAUUAUAAUACAAAAGUUUUGUGUGACUAAAAUCAUAUAUUGUUUUAAUAAAGUUGUGAAGAUAUUUUGACAUUGAUUGCAAGGGGCUGUCUGUUGUAAUAUCAUUCCUUGGUACAUAUUUCAAGUGAGAUUGAUUUGACUGAACAUUUUUUUGUUUGAUUUUGAAAUACACUGCAACCAAAAGGCCCUGUUCCCUUUCAUUAUCUGGUUCUUAUCACUAGCAUUUGAUACUAUGGGCAUAAUGUAAUAAAAUUAAUAAAGUAGACUUGUGUUGUAAUUUCAUCUAGAUUGUUGUGCAUUGUCCUCUGUUAUGUGUAGAGGUGAACAACUUUUGUUGUGUAGUCCUCUUGUUAUUGUUAGGUGUAGAGGUGAAAACUUUCAUUGUGUAGUCCUCGUUGGUUUAGGUGUAGAGGUCAACACCAAUUGAGACUUAGGACCCAGGUCAGUUGACCCAAAGUAUACAACACAUACACAAGCCAAUAUUACAUUGAUGAUUGAGCUAACACUCUAACUAAUCAAUCUUUGGGUAGGUACUAGUACUAUGUUGUCAAAUCCAUUGGCCCUUGUUGCUUUGCGUAGAGCAGGAACCCUUAUUACUACUGUACCCUAUCACUAGAAAUGUACUCUGUCAAAACUGUCUUCUUUAAAAAACAAUUGUGCUUGAUCAUCCUGAC